GCCGCCAUGUUUGCCAGCGCCCUCUAUAUCGUUUCCAUGAAUCCAGUCCAGCCAAUACGUUUGGCAUACACUGGCAUACACUGUUCUGUAGUUGUACGAUGCUUGACUUGGAUUGUAUUCUGUGCGUGAGAACUAUCGUGUCAUACGCGUCGUUUACCGUGUGAUUGUCAUUAAUCCACGCGAACGACAAUAACGAGCGUGUGUCGAAUUCGCUCGAUACAACAUAUUCGUGAAACGAGACGCGGUAUAAACGAGGGGAGAAAGAAUCGACCCGACGAACGGAGAAAGCCGUGGCGGAAGGGCGAACAAGCGUUGCGGUUCACAGUCCUCCAUAACGUCAACAAGUCGAUUCGGGUUCAUAGAGACGUCAUAGACACGCUACAGAAAUGACUGAAUGCAUCGAACACUACAUGUUUCCUCCAAAUCGCCCGCUGCCUCCAAAUUCGUCUCACAUACAAUUUAUUAAAGAACCAGAUGAAAUCGAUGGCUUAGAUUUCCGAUUUGAGUCCGCCCGUUUGGAAAGUUUCAAGGGCUGGCCGUGUUCAUGGAUGAAGCCAGAAAAACUUGCGGCGGCCGGAUUUUAUUAUACAGGCGAUGGUGACAAGGUGAAAUGUUUCGAUUGUCUGAUAGAAAUAUGUGAGUGGCAGGCAGACGACAAUCCAAUGGUCGAUCAUCAACGGUGGUCCGGUAGAUGUAGAUUUGUACGCAAUAUUCCAUGCGGCAAUGUGCCGAUCGGCACAGAUCCUAACGCAAUUCCAGCACCGGUGCCUAAAGGAGUAGAUGUAUGUGGGCCUUACGGUUCGAUAUACAUGCCUUAUUCCGGUCCAGAUCAUGAAGAUCAAGAGAUCGAAGAAAGAGUGAAUCAUAGAUUACGAGGACUUGCGUCAAGACCGAAACAUCCCGAAUAUGCCAGUUAUCCUGCCAGAUUAGCGUCAUUCGACAGAUGGCCUAAAGCGAUGUCGCAAACUAAGGAAGAACUGGCGGCUGCUGGUUUUUAUUACACAGGAAGUGGCGAUCAGACAUUAUGUUAUCACUGUGGUGGAGGAUUAAGAGAUUGGGAACCACAAGAUGAUCCUUGGGUAGAGCAUGCUAAGUGGUUUGAGUAUUGUCCCUAUUUGAUAUUAGCUAAAGGGACGAAAUUUAUAAGCAACAUUACUGGAAGAACGUAUAUUGCAACAGAAAACUUACCGAACAUAGCAACUAAUAAAUUGGAUGAGAAAUUUGAAAAAGCUGAUGAUGAGAGUAUUGCCAGCGGAAGCUCUCAAAGUUCGGUUAGCUUUGACGAAACUAAUAAUACAGAAGCAAGUGCAUCAGGUGAAGUCAGUACCGAGGAACAAUCUGUCCAAAUACCGGGAGACAAACUGUGCGACAAGGAUGCAAGAUUAUGCAAAAUUUGCUACAGUAGAGAAAUACGACUCGUAUUUAUGCCAUGCGGACAUUUACUGGCAUGUGAACAGUGUGCGAAAAAUAUGAAAAUAUGCGGCGUAUGCCGUAAACCUGUUGAACUUACCGUACAAGUGUACAUCUCAUAGUGUUCUUAUCCUUGUGAUAAAAAUAAAACAUGAAAUUUUGCAAAUUCCGUUAUAGGAUUUUCUACUUAUCAUUAUUAUAAAGACUGACAUACUUUCAGACAAAACUAAAUGACAUGACUCAUGUAACAUACCGAUUAGCAGGUACAAGCUAUGUAACGUUAAAGCUCUUGUUAAUGAAAUAUUAAGGGGAUAUUCUCUAUUUUUUUGCAUCCGAAAAGGGACUUGUUUUCAAGAAUUUUUGAAAAAAGUAUUAAAAACAAUUAAAAUGUGAUUUUUGUAAAAAUAUUUACUGAUUUUUAUAAAUUAUAUUUUUUAUUAUCGCAUAUCUAGUAGAUAUAUAUAAACUUGAGAAAACUAUAGAUCUUUGCGAUUAACUGAAUAUAUAAAAACAAUUUUUUUUAUUUAAGUUUGUAUAUUGAUUAAAUUACAAUCCAUAUUAAAAAUUUUAAAUUUAUAAACUAGCGACCAAAGAAUAAAAUAAGAUUAAAUAAGGUAAAACAAUUUUUGGAAAAGUCGGCAGUUUGCCCCAAUUUAACACUAUCUAAACAUUAUCCACCGUAUAAUCUGCGAUAAUAGAAAACAUUAUAAUCUAUAAAAAUAAAAAGAUGCAUUUUGAUUGCUUUAAGAUUUUUGUUUAAAAAAUUUUUGAGAGUAAGUCUUUCGAGCAAUGAAGUAGAAAUACCUUUAACUUUUCGAUUGUUGUGGUCUCAAUAAAAAGAACAUUUUGAUGUAAUACUAACAAGUGGUGGAUGUAUUUUGUAAUCGUUAUAUAAGUAAUAAUUGUUCCUAUAUUUAAAUAUAUAUAAAUUUAUAAAUCUAUGGCUAUGUAAUCAGUAUUACAAAAAUUGUUGGUCAAUGUAUGAAACACAUGUGGCAUAUCACAAAUUUUCAUGUUUUAACUAUUGAACAGUAUAAAUACAGAAAGAAGUCAUUAAAGCCAGAAGUAAUAGAUUGUACCUGCGACGGGACGUUGCUAUUUGAACGUUUCCAAUUUAUACUAUUUUUUAACGUCAUAUCUCCUGAAAAAGAAUAUGAUAAUAUGAUGAUAAUGAUGUAAGAUAUAAGGAUGAAGUGGCACCAUUGUACGAGUACAAAUAGCAACACGGCAUGAAGUCUAGUCAUUAGUAUUAUGUAAUGAUAAGUAACAACACAUACAAUAUAUACGAAUAUGAUUUAUAACGAAUAUAUUACGAAUUUAUCUGAACGUUUAGUUUAUGAUUUUGUUCAUAUACGAAAGAAAUGUUUAUAUACGAAAAGAAAAACAAAAGGCUCUUCAAUAUAAAAUAUCGAACUAGAAGAAGCGCGAUGAAAUCUAGAUUGUGGUUUAUUAGGGUGUAAAUAUUUAUAUCAAUGACUGCGUUUUGCAGAAAAAGCUUUAUAAUUGUAAGAUUUUUUAAAUACGAUUCGUUAGUAUCUUUCGUCUCUGUCAAAUCAAAAGAUAUUAAAAUCGUAUCAAAGAAUUUUACAAGUACGAAGCUGCUUUCUCUUCUGGACGCAUGUAUAUAAGGUCCUGAAUUUAAAUUAAUGUUAAAAUUUCGGAAGCUUGUGGGAAAUUGAUGAACUAAGAGAAAAAGUUCUUUGAGAUUUGCUUGUUUUUGUUUCGCUUUUUUUGUAAAAAACCUAUUUUUCAUUUAUAUAUUAUCAUUGAAUACACAUGAUAAUUUUUUUGAUUAAUGAUUCUUCCUCUUGUAAAUGUAAUUUUCCGUCAGUCAUGUUAUUUUUAAUAGAAAUAAAUUGUCAUGUGUGAAAUGACUCGAGAUACCAAUUAUUAAAAUUCAAUCUCUUGAUAUAAUAAUCUCUGUGUCUUUUGAAAAUGGUAUGAACAGUAGUUUGGCUGUAAUAAAAGUUAGUGCUAGAUGCAAUGCUCGCUUUGUUGUAAUAGGCCAUAUGAAGUGACAACAUGAAUAAAUAAAUGUAAAUAAAUUAGUGAAAACAAUGAAAACUUUUGCCUUUGUAAGUUUUUCAAAAAUAAAGCAAAGACAAGCAAAUUACUGAAAAACUUCUUAAUUUAUUGAUUUUCUAAAAUUUUAACAUUUCAGAACUGUAUAAUUGCUUCUAAAACGACCGCCAGACGUUUCGAUCUGUAUUGAAUUUUUCUCAAUAAGAAAUUAGGAAGUAAAAUAAUUAGUAGAAAUAUUUUCAUGUUAAAUAUUUGCAGACUGCUAUAAAUUAACGAAUUUAAUUUAAUCUGUUAGUCUUCUAAUAUUUCUGUCAUAAUAUCUAUUAGAUAUAUAUUUUGUUGUAGUUUAUACAUUAAAGCAAAUUAUUAAAUGCACAUCGUUGUCAAUAAGUGUAAAGUAUAUAACUUUAAUGUAUAACGGAUCUAAGCACUCCAGGGUAUGGUUGAUAAAAAUCAGCCAACAUAAUAUUAUAAUUGAUAAUGUGAAAUUGACUUAACAUUUAUAGCUUCAAAAUUUGAUUUAUCACUGCAGAUCGCAACGUAAAAAAUUGACAUUGUUAGUAUAAUUAACAAUUAGUAAACAGAUAUGAAUUUAUUAAUAUAAACAUAAUGUGUCUUGCGUUAUUUUAUAUAAUAAUUAAUAAAUUUAAUUUAAUCCUUCGAGUGAACAUGUGGUGUCUGAAACAAAAGAAACUCUUAAAACCAAUAAUUAAAAUUUAUUACAAAUAAAAUGAUCAAUAAACAGUAUUAUCAAAAUAUGAAUAAUAUAUAGAAGAAAAUCAUCAAUUACAAUACAGCCAGAACUUUUAUUUAUAUUUUUGAAAAUAUUUCAAGGUAGAAAAUAACAACAUGACAAAAUGUGACAGAUUCACGUGUUUCACUGGAAAUACCGAAAAAACUGUUUAUUCCACCAAUUGAGAAUUAACAAAUUUCUAAGAUUAAAAGAACAAGAAACUAGGAACAUACUGGAUAAUAUAUUUCUUAUUUUUUUGGCGAUUCUAUUGGCGCAUAUUUAUACGUUCUUUCAUAAGAUUGCAUUGAGUAUUUCAGAAAGUUGCUCUAAAUCAAGAUGAAAAGAAACAAUCAUAUGUAGGUGAUUUAUAAUUAUACAAUUAAUUAUAAUUAUACAAUUAAAUCGAGUUCCUAAAUGUCGAAAGUUUACACUGAUAGAGACGAUUAUUUGAUUCGUAAAUAUGUUAUUAAUAUUAUUCAAAAACUUAAUGUGAUUGUGACAUAAGAGUUGCGCGUUUGCUCUCUGUGCUAAAGAUUGAAGUUCAAACAUAUCACACAGACUUUUAAUUAAUCAUCUUCUAUCGAAAAGUAAUGGUAAAUUAGCAAAAUUUAUUUACUUUUUAUAUUAUUUUCAAGUCACUCGCCAUAAUUUAUAAUUAUAUAGAAACAAGCAAAUAUUACUUGUUUAGUAUCAAAUAGUUAUUAUUAUAAUUGAAUAGUACUAAUAACACAUUUAUUUAAGUUAAGCAAUUUUUUGCUCAGUAUCAGUUUACAUAAAUCGAUUAAUUGAUUAAAAUAGAACUGAAAAAUUCGGCACGCGAACUCACACCACACACACACACACACACCCAUGCACGCGCGUACGAAUGAAAUGUAUGAAAUUAAAAUAUAUGAAAUACAUAU